AUGUCCUACGCGGAGGCGCGCAAGCGCGGCUGGGGUGGGCCACCGACGAACCGGUGGAGAAGAUAUGUCAUCCGACUCACGCACGAGGUCCAGGAAUUCAUGGAACAAGCGCCAGAAGGCAAUGGGCGAGCAAGGCUACUCACAGGCACACAUCAGGGCGGCUUACCAGCCUUCGCCCAGAGCAAGCAGUUCCCACAGCAGCAGAACGCAUGGAACGAACACCAGAAAGCAAUGGGCGGGCAAGGUUACUCACAGGCACACAUCAGGGCGGCUUACCAGCCUUGCCCAGAGCAAGCAGUUCCCACAGCAGCAGCGGUUUGCGAGCCAGGAACGCAUGGAACGAACACCAGAAGGCAAUGGGCGGGCAAGGCUACUCACAGGCACACAUCAGCGCGGCUUACCAGCCUUUAUCGCUUCCUGGCGGGCAUGGCCUUGGCAUGUCUGCUGGAAGCAGCAGUGGUGGCUUGA